GGCGGGCAGUCGCUGUGAUCGUGUGAUCAUUAUGGAGCUGCAUGUGCGCAUCGGGAACCGUCCGUUUCGUUCCAUAUCGCUAGCCAGGAACGUUCGAUCGCCUCUCACGCUUCUCUAUCUCCUCGCUCGGCUGUUCAGCUUCUCUCUCGUGGUGCUUAUCACGUGUGCAUGUGCAUGCAGCGGGCUCAACGUAACAGGAGAGGAGGCAGCGAUCAUCAGAAGUACGUCGGCCAGCUUGAAGGCUAACCGUUCGUCCACUAAGCCAUGUUCUCGAUUCCUACGGGCGCGGAUCGACGUUCCAUUGUCGGCUCCAGCCUCGGUUCCAGCCUCGGGUCUAGCCUCGGUUCCAGCCUCGGUUCCAGCCUCGGUUCCAGCCUCGGUUCCAGCCUCGGGUUCAGCCUCGGCAUCUUCUUACACGUAUGUUGAGGAUGGAGCCUCUGCGUGGGCUCCGCCUUCACCUCCCGGGUUGGAAUACGCCGCUUCAGGUUCGGUUCCAGCCUCGGCUUCGUCCCUCGCUUCUCCCGUCGCCGCUUCUUCUUCAGCUUCUUCUUCGUCGCAGAGUGUCUCUUCGCAGCCAAGCGAACCCACCAUACUCAACCCUGCUCUCUUCCUUUACCGCAGCGGAAGAUCUGUUCUCGUCAGACAUCCCGAACCUCCCUUUCUCCCCUCCUCUCCCAACAAGGACAAGUGGUGGUGCGGAUCCAACUACAGGAACCUAGUCUUCGUUCCCAAUGACACUGUCUUCUACUAUGUCUACGAUGAGCGAUGCGAGAACGUGGACGGUCAUGGAGGCCAGAUUCGUGACUGGCGUGUUUCUUUCCGGCAAGCUAAUCUCACCCGCACCAACGACGGAGCUUUCCUAAAUGCUACGGACUCUUUUCUCGGCUCUUGGUGGUCUACCUCUCGCCCCACCUUUCAUGGCCGACGGUACAGAAGGGAUUCCAUCAGGAACGCGAAGACGAAGAACGACUCCAUCCCCUCCGUGAACGGACUGGAUGUGACCAAGCCCGGCACCAAUUUGGUAAUGGCCUCCAGUAAUUCGGAUAUGGCAGCAGCAGCAGGAGUAGUAGUAGGAGUAGUAGUAGUAGUAGUAGUAGUAGGAGGAGGAGGAGGAGGAGGAGGAGGAUCUUCUCCCAGCUCCACCAACAUCACCUACAUGUCCACGGCUUUCGGGAAUCGUACGUCCAUUUCCUUGUCCCAAGUGGGAACGGUGAAUAGCUUGGCGUUCAAUCCGACGAAGACACGUGUUUACGUCUCCGACACGUCCUCUCCUGUUCGCAUUCUCUCGCUCGAAGUCUCAGAUCCCGACAUGCCGAUCGGGACCGGAGGGAGGUGGGAGGAAGUCGCGACCUUCGCCUCUUCACCGGAUCUGGAUGUCAACAUCUCCGACGUGGCCUUCGGCACCAACAGCAUGGCGAUCAACGACAGCUGCCUGUAUUUCGUAGACCGACUGAACCACCGUGUGUGGGGGAUCGAUCCGCUGACCUCCUCCUCCUACUCUCCCUCCUCCAAUGUCAUGCUCAUUCCGACAUUCGAUCCGAUCCUCUUUGCUGGUGGGACCACGCCCCUGGGCUAGGCAGGUAACACCACCCAGCCCCAGUUCCAGAAAAAAAAUAAAAAAAAUAAAAAAAAAAUAAAAAGCAUGAUCAGGCCAGUCUUGUAAGAGACGUACCUCCGAGGCCAGAAUUCAAUCAAGCAGGCCCCACAAA